UGUAUUCAGAUCUCAGAAAUUUCUAUAACAAAUUUAGUUUUUAUUUAAAAUUUUAGUUAAAAAGUUACUCCUACUGAAGAUUUAGUUUUAAAAAGUAAUCAAACAGUACUAUUCAUAUKGAUGAUUCCACGAAUGCAGGUCAAGAAAGGGCCAUUUUAUAGAAAAUAACUAUGUGAUGAACUUAUGUUUCACAUUGUUAUCUUGUGUCUGGUCAUAUGAUGGGAUGACGAAAAGGAWUUGGCCAGACGACAGAAUGGGUGCCGGGGUUUCUUCAAAUGAAUAUCCAAAUGUGGAGGUUCAAAAUUAUCCAGGAGUUAUUAUAAAGGAGAGACGUAAGAUGCGUAUGUCUGGUUUUGCUACUUUGCGAAAGAAGCUUAUUAAGCGUCGUCGGUAUUCCAAGGUGUGUAAUCAUGGUCGUAUCAUAAGAGAGUUGAUAUCUGAUUGGUCACCAGCUGAGGUUACUGCUUUACUUGAAGAAUAUGAAGCAUUGGCUGCCCUCAAAGACUUGUCUGUGCAAGCAGAACUAGCAAGACCUCCAGCUGCUACAUUUAAACAAGAUUUAUCUACUUUAUAUGACCAUAAGUAUUGUACAGAUGUCGAUCUCAUUUUUMGUGGUGUUUGUUUUCCGGUACAUAGAGCAAUACUGUCAGCUAGAUGUCCAUAUUUUCGUGAAUUACUCUUGGGUUGUCCUGGUUAUGGAGCGCGUAUUUGUUUAGAUUUGAGGACGCCUGGUGUGGAUAUAGAAAUGUUUUCAGCAUUAUUACGUUUUUUAUACACUGGCGAUAUAGCUCCAAGAGAUGGAGAUAUAGACCUUGCAUUAUUAAGGAGACUUGGUGAUGAACUUGGUACACCAAAUGUGUUAGAAAAUGAUUUAAGAUACCUGUUGGAAACCGGAGACUAUGCAGAUGCUGCACUUGUGUUUAUUCCAGAAGGAUAUUCAGAUCGAAGGCCAGAAUCUACUGGAUCCGAAUAUGGUUUUCAACCUAAGCUGGAAUUGCCUUGCCAUAAAUCUAUUCUUAGUGCUAGGUCACCAUUUUUUAGGAAUCUUAUUCAACGAAGGACUAAAUCUGGUGAAGAACAUACCGAAAGAGCUUUACACAUUCCAACAAGGAUAGUACUAGAUGAAUCAGUUAUUCCAAAACGAUACGCACGAGUACUGUUACAUGCAAUUUAUUUAGAUACAGUUGAUUUGUCUCUUAUACUAAGAGGUUCUGGGUGUGGUUCUUCUGCUGGCAGUUUAAGUGAAGUUGAAGCUCUAACUAAUACAGGACGUGUUAGGCCAAGUCCUCUAGAUGAAGCUAUGGAAUUGUAUCAGAUUGGUCGUUUCCUAGAAUUAGAAAUAGUAUCCCAAGGUUGUGAGGAUCUUAUCUUAGAAUGGCUUACUCUAGAGUCACUUCCAGGAGUGCUUAGGUGGGGGAGUUUACCUCAUGGGUCAGCAUGGGUUCAUCGCCAAGCUAAGCAUUUUUUACGAGAAGAAUUUUCUCAAGUAGCUAAUAGUCCUGUUUUGUACCAACUUGACAAAGCUCAUCUAAUAGACUGUUUAAAGAGUAAUUUCUUACAAUCAAGUGAACUUGAAGUUUUACAAGCGGUUCUCAAAUGGGGUGAACAUGAAUUGAUUAGACGCAUGGAAGAUAGAGAACCAAAUUUAGUUAGUCAAACAACACAUUCUGUUAGCCGAAAAGGUGUGAAGAAACGAGAUUUAAGUGAUGUAGAACUUCGUGAAAUAUUAUCUGAACUCUUACCUUUGGUGCGUAUGGAUCAUGUUAUUCCCACAGAACAUGAGACUUUGACCCAAGCAAUAAGAAGAGGUUUAGUGAGUUCACCGCCAAGCCAUAUGAUUGGUAACGAUUCACCUAUGUUGUCUCAUCAUAUGUCCAGAAUCAAUGCUUGGAUUAGACAUCCAUCUGGGCUUUAUGUGAGACCUAGAUUGUUUAUUCCAUACUAUGAUGAAAUUAAAUCAUUAUUUGAAGAUCAAAUGUUAAGAGAGGAUGAAGAGCUUGUACGACGAACAAGAUAUAUGCCUGAUGGUAUACCUGACACAUUGUAUAUGAUUGAAGAAAAACCUACUCCAUCAUCAUAUGGUCUUUCAUCUCUUGAUGUUUUAACAGCUUCAAUACCAACACCAGAUGUGUCAACCAUGAAUGCUAUGGUUAAACGUGACCAGAAACUAAGAUCUGCCCCUGGUUGUCARCGAGCAAUAUCACUGCCUUUAUCUAGUCGACAAGAAAUCAAUCAUCAAAUAAGAUUAAGAGUUGUGCGAGAAUUCAAUUUACCAGACCCAGUUGCUUAUCUUUUAGAAAAAGCUGCUAGUUCUGUAUGYUACUGUGGUGGAGGUUCUGAUGAUAAACCAAAAGAAAGUACAAGAUCUCGAAGCAGUCGCACAAGAAAAGAAAAACGAAAAGGUUUAGGAACUAGCACCUUACCAUCCAUGUAUGCUCAGCAGAAAUUGAGAAAACAACAUAGACCAUAUAAUGUGAAUGAUAUGGCAUCAUCUUUACGAUACACUAAUAAUGUCAGAUAUGAAGACGAUGAUUUUGAUGGUCGAGGAGAGCAAGUAAUCAUGCCUGAUGUUGCAGCCGUAUCACUUUCUUUGGACCAGUUAAACUUAUGCCCAAUUCUUGGGCCCGAAGUUGAGCUAAGAUUGGAUUUGGGCGAUAAUUCGCCUAAUCAGUCGCCAUAUAAAACACCUCCUCCUCCUAAACAUUUCAUUUAGAUCAUACUAAAUGUAAUUAUGUCUAAGAUUCCUUUAUAUAGUUUUCAGAAUUAAUUUUAACUCGGCUGCAAUCUAUAGAGGGAAGGGGGAGCCUUCAUACCAAUUGUAUUAUAGGAUUAGUUUUACAGAGGAAUUUAGAAAUUUUCUGUUAACAUUAUCUUUGAUCAUAAAUAGCAAGAGAUUUUUUAUAACCAAUGCCAUUUUUGUCAUUUGAAGUGCAAUACUAAUUAAMCAACAGUUUUGUUGUUUAACGUGGAUAAGUGUUACUCAAUAAUUUGAUAAUAUCUCAUUAAGUUUCAUAUGUAUACAUUUCAUUAGCUGCCGACUCAAAUUUUAUCAAGCUCAAAUAUAUCACAAUUUUCUUCUCAAAUUUGAGCUGCAUAAAUUUUGAUUGAGUAUUAUUGCUACUAUUAUUAUUAUUAUUACCAUUUUUCAUUAUUAUUGUUUAUAAUUAAUAACGUAUCCUUUAUGUUGUGUUUAAAAUUGAUUUGACUGAAAAAUUAAGUUUCUAACUACUUCAUGUCCUUGAAUAUUUUUGUUUCUUCUCAUUUGUUUUAAUUCUUUUUAUUAUACAACCUUAAUUGUGUUCGUAUGUUGCAUAAAUGUGUUUCUUCUGCUUGUCUACUGAGUAGAAAGUCUGUGUUUCUCUUCAAUUAAAUGCAUAGAUUUAUUAUAUUUUAUUUUGUACUCGUCGCUAGUGGUACAAAGUCUUCUUUACUGUCGUUAACUAAUGUCUAUUGUUUUUUUUAUUAUUAUAUGGUUUUUUUUUUAAAGCCUUUGCGAAUUUAAUAUUUUUCAUCUGUUUUUAGUAUCUUCAUCUCUUUCAAUAAUGACAUAUGUKUUAGUGUAUUGUAAAUUUAUGUCUAUAGUAUGUAUUUAAAUAUGAGUGCGAUGCUCGUUCCAUCUGCAAUUACUCUUGCCAGCUACCCAGUACACACAUUGUUUGAAAAUCAAUUUUAUUCACUUAAAUUUUUGCACGCAAAAAAAGAAUAUUUAGCCCUUGWGAAUGAUGCAAUAAUACCAGCACUGAUUUAUAUUUAAAAUGUAUUAAUCAAUAGCUAAAGUAUUUAAUAACAAAUAUUUUUCUUUUUCUAUAUUGUACCUGAUUGGAAUCCUAAAAUUUAUAUAUUUUUGUAUAUACACAGUUUUAAUGUAUCAUCCCAGUAAGUGGCAAAAAUAUGAUUGCAUAUAAUAUUUAUAUGUAUCAGUUUUUAAUCGAUGUAUUUUUUUUUGAAAUUGUAAACAAGGUGGUAGUAAUUUGGAAAAUUAUUCCUAAAAUUAAAGUCACAACUGUGUGUAAAGGAAUCCGAAUUAAAAAAAAAAAAAAAUGCCGAUUAAAAAUUGAAUUUGUGUUUUGUGACCUGGGCAUUCAUUCAA